UUGAGCCAGAGACUCAGCCCAGAGUUAGCACAUAAAGUCGGAGUUUCUGCGAUUAAGUAUGGCAUAUUUCCAUCAGAAUAUUAUGAUGAUCCACAUGUUUUGAAAACAAAGUUUUUAACAUAUGAACUCAGUAAUCCAAUAGGAAUAGCUGCAGGAUUUGACAAACAUGGUGAUGCUAUUUUAGGUUUAAGAAACUUGGGUUUUUCGGUAGUAGAAAUAGGUUCAGUUACUCCUGAACCACAACCUGGCAACCCUAAACCUAGAGUAUUCAGAUUACCUGAAGAUAGUGCAGUCAUUAACAGAUAUGGUUUUAAUAGUGAAGGACACAGCGUAGUUUACAAGAAAAUAAAAAAUUUAGAUAAAGCUCUUUUGAAAAAAGGCCUCUUAGGUAUCAAUCUAGGUAAAAAUAAACUUUCUGAUGAUGCUAUUCAAGAUUAUGUCUUGGGAAUAAAUAAAUUUAUUGAUAUUGCAGAUUACUUUGUUAUUAACAUUAGUAGCCCAAAUACUCCAGGUCUAAGGUCAAUGCAGAAAAAAGAUGAAUUAAAAAAUCUUCUGUCAGCUGUUAACAAAACCAGAAAAUCUCAGCAGUCAAAAAACAACCCUCCAUUGCUUUUAAAACUUGCUCCAGAUCUAUCCUUAGAAGAAAUGAAGGAUAUUGUUUCAGUUAUUACUCAGAAGGAAUCUGAAGUCCAAGGGCUUAUUAUUUCUAAUACAACUAUUGAUAGACCAUCACUUAAGAACCAAAAUUUUUCAAGUGAAGUGGGUGGACUAAGUGGAAAACCACUUAAUAAAAAAUCCACAGAAAUGAUUAAAACUAUGUAUAAGUUAACUCAAGGAAAAAUACCUAUAAUUGGUGUUGGUGGAGUCUUCAGUGGUCAAGAUGCUUAUGAUAAAAUUUUGGCUGGUGCCAGUAUAGUGCAAAUAUAUACAGCCUUAAUAUACUUUGGUCCCCCUGUUAUUACUAAAAUUAAAAAAGAACUAGCAGAACUAUUAAAAAAGAAUGGAUAUAACAGUGUAAAUGAAGCUAUUGGCAAAGGGGCUAAAUGA